AUGAACGGCAAGGCAGCCGCUGGCCAAGAUGGAGGAGGAGCACCUUCGUUGUGGCAGCGGCUCCUCAGCCCGACCUGUCGCUGUUGCAAGACAGAUGGUGAGCAUACCGUGGCAGAUGGGGACGAUGUGCCGGCGCAGAUCGCCGACUGCGACGACGAGUUGAAUCGAGGACUCAGCAAGUCAGCUCCGAAGGUGGACGGCAAGGCGGACUCCAAAGAGUGCGUCCGAGGAGACAAGCGGCGGUGGACUGACACCUCCCUGGCCUCGAACACGGACCGGAAGGAGAUCGGACUCUCGUUGAACGAGUUCGCGAUUGUCCACCGAGCAGCUCGAAGUCUUCAAAAGGCUGUCGGUGUGAGUGACGAGCCGACUGCGCGGGACCUGGAUCGUGGUGUGCACGUGGAGAACAUCUAUGACUUCUAUGAUCCAGAAGUUCAUAAAGUGCGAGUGAGGAAGAUGGACGACACGGUGCUCCACACCCGAACCACACAAGCGCGGCACACCAACAUGAGUCUAGCAGUGACGUUGCAGAGACUGAAGGAGGAGCCGGGAGCGAUCCCAGACCCAUCCAUGGUUUCAUAG